GUGAGUUCCACUUAUUGAAACCACUUAUUCAUGAUUUUUGCAGAGUGGAAUCGUUUUAAUUACACUUAUAAUUCUUUACUAGUUUUACAUAAAAAGUGUAUUAUAUCACGUCCAAAACGAGAGUAUAUUGCUGUAGUUUUCUGAGGUAUACCGAAGAUGUUUUACUCACGUAGCAUGCGCAUGUUGAGUAAAAGCCUUCAUUGACAAGCAUUUUUAUGCGAGAUAGAUACAUUUUAUACACCGUUAUUCUGGUCGAAUCUUCUUCAGUGCCUGUGUAUUCAAUUAUCAUGAAUGGUUAUCAGUCGACUGCACUGGACAAUAUCAUUCUACUAUGUGACUCCUAUAAAGUAAGUCACUAUGCUCAAUAUCCACCUGGAACAGAAACUAUCUAUUCAUAUUUUGAAAGUCGUGGUGGCAAAUUUCCAAGCGCUGUAUUCUUUGGCUUACAGUAUAUCAUAAAGCGUAAUCUUGUCGGUCAAGUUGUUACACAUGAGAAGAUUGAUGAAGCCAAGUCAAUAUUUCUUGAGCAUUUCGGUAGAGAUAUAUUCAAUGAAGAAGGAUGGAGAUAUAUAGCUGAUCAUCAUAAAGGUCAUCUGCCGGUGAUUAUUAAAGCAGUCCCUGAGGGGACUGUCGUUCCGACAAAAAAUGUUCUAAUGACGGUGGAAAACACUGAUCCAAAGUGUUAUUGGCUAACUAAUUAUCUUGAGACUAUAUUAGUACAAGUUUGGUAUCCAAUUGCUGUAGCCACGAAUUCAAGAACUAUGAAGCGCAUUAUUGCUAAAUAUCUUCAAGAGACAGCGGAUGAUCUGUCAACAGAGUAUAAAUUACAUGAUUUUGGAUUCCGUGGAGUAUCUUCUAUUGAAUCUGCAGCCAUUGGUGGGAUUGCGCAUCUGGUGAAUUUCCGUGGGACUGACAGUCUAGCAGCAUUACACCUGGGCAGACAUUAUUAUAACUGUCCAACGGCCGGUUUGAGUAUACCAGCAACAGAACACAGCGCAAUGACUGUAUGGGGUGAGGAGAACGAGACCAAUGCCUAUUCAAAUCUAUUCCACUUAUAUCCGUCAGGAACAUUUGCCUGUGUAUCAGAUAGUUAUGAUAUAUGGAAUGCAUGUAGUAAAAUAUGGGGUGAAGCAUUACGUGAUAAGGUGAUGAAUCGUAAUGGUACUGUAAUUAUUCGACCAGAUUCUGGUGAUCCACGUGAAGUAAUUUCGAAAGUGUUAAAUAUAUUAGGCAAACAAUUUGGGUAUACAAUCAAUUCGAAAGGUUAUAAAGUUUUACCCUCAUGUAUUCGAGUUAUCCAAGGAGAUGGUGUUUCAUUAGAGUCAUUGGAUCCUAUUUUAAAUGAAGUAAAAACCUCUGGAUGGAGUACAGAGAAUGUGAGUUUUGGCAGUGGUGGCGCUUUACUACAACGAUUAAAUCGUGAUACACAGAAAUGUGCAUUCAAGUGUAGUUUUGCUGUAGUCAACGGUCAUGAGAUUCAAGUAUCUAAACAUCCAAUUACAGAUCCACAGAAAAAUUCAAAAAAAGGUCGGCUUACAUUGGAACAGUGUCCAAAAACUGGAAUGCUUAUCACUGUAGAAGAAGGUUGUGGCUCUGAAUCGAAGGAUAUACUGAUCCCAGUAUUUAAAAAUGGUGUCCUGUUGAAAGAUUAUACUCUAGAUGAAAUACGCGCUCGAAUCGAUUCAUAUCCGUUGGAUAUUUGAACUGAACUGUUGUCGUUUCUUUUCCACAGAUUACAAGAAUUGAUUUGUAGCCGAUAUAUAUUUACAUAUUUGCCUUUGUCCUAUAUAUUUCACCCUUGUAUAUUUAUUAUCUAUUUGAGAAUAUGUUAAAACUCUCACUGACUGCCUGCCUAUUCGUUUAUGAAUGAAUCUGCAGUUACUUUUCUUAAAUCUUUCUCCCUUCCUCUACCUCGCGUGCGCUGUCCCUCUCUCUCUCCUUCUCUGCCUCCCUUCCUUCAUCUGUCAUUUGCUAAUAUCUGCAUUAGCAUAUAUAAUUCAUAAACAAACAUUUAUGCAAAUCUUUCAAAACACUUUCAUACACUAGAUGAAAUCUGCACAUCUACAAAUACACACACACACACACACAAAGAAAAUAUAUUUGUGAACAUAAUUCCAAUUUGUGAUCACGUGAUCAUGUUGUCAUCAUCAUCAGUAUUGGUGAUAUAUUCAUAGUUGUAAUGUUGAAGGCCGACGUAGUAGCAGUUGAUGAUACCCUGUAAAGUCAACAGAUUCUUCCUUUCCUUUUGUCUUUUCCUGGUCAAUUAUUUAUUCUUUGUGAAUAAUUCUCUUUUUUUGUUAUAAUAAUAAGAACAAAGAAAAAAUUAUAUACAAACACAUAUAUAAGGGAUAAAAACUUUAUACCAGGAAUUUGUUAAUUUAACGCUUUUUUUAAGUAAGCGCUUAAUUCAUAUGUCAAGGUCAUCAGUGGGGCUCUUGUUUAAACGAUUGAACGCUUUGGCGCCAAAAUUAUUUUUUUCCCUCCGUUUUUGUUACAUUGUCAACUGGAUAAUGAAAUCUAUGAUACAAUUUGCUUUUCUAUAAAUAUUGUUUCAUACAAAAAUUUUUUUGGCAUAAAAUAAUGUGGAGUGUGAAGAAAUUUUUCUGAUUUUGAUUAUUAUAAUUAUUAUUGCUAUUUGAUUGAAUAAAUAAAAAUGAUUUCUUUUUUC